UUUUUUUUUAUGAAACAAGGAUUAGGGCUAUCUAAUUAUAUAUGUAUACUAAAUAAAGACUAAAUUAUAUAUAUUAAUUAUAAUUUAUAUUAUAUAUAUAUAUAUAUAUUUUUAAAAUGAUUCGGUAUCACUUCCUUCAUCAUUACAAACUACAUCAUGUUCGAUAUCUUUCGUACAACCUUCCGUUCCUAAUAACAUUCCACAAGCACCACAAAUACAAGGAUCAAUUUCUAUAUCACAUUCAGGAGUUCCACAAAUAUGUCUCGUUUCGCAACCAGAUUUAGUUUCUUCCCAUCCACAACAAGUAUAUUUCCAUCUACAACCACUUUCACCCCAAAAUCUAUUACAACCUGAACAUUGUUUAACACAUCCUUGUUCUAAAAAAGAACGAUGACAAUCCCUACAUUUUUCAUUAGAUGAUAAAAUGACACCGGCAGCGGCUCCUACGAUACCACCAGCGAUCGUUCCCGCGGCUAAUCCAGCCGGACCGGCAGCAGAUGCGGGCCUAGCAGCUGCUGCAGCACCUGAAUGAUCUCUAAUUAAAUUAUUAGGAUGAUAACGUUCAACAUGAAUAUUAUGU